GUCAAUCGUGUUACAGCAAGUGGAAAAAGUUGAAAAUCGGAAGCUUCCAUCGAAAGAAAAUUGGAUUUUUGCUUAUUAUCGUUAACACUCAGUUUGAUUCCGCUGAAAAUUUGUUUAAAUUAAGAGAUUAGUGCAAACAGUGUUGAUCGUGAUAGAAAAUUCGUCAAUUAACCUGCAUUCGGAGUCGCAAAAGGGCUUAUAAAGUUGUGCAAACUGGCCACGGCAACGAUGGCAAGCGGUCAGAGCCCCGCUGGUCUCCAGGUGGCGGCUAACAGCGAGAAAGUGUUCCAGUGGAUCAAUGAGCUGUCGAAUCCGGAAACUCGGGAAACGGCCCUGCUGGAAUUGAGCAAAAAGCGAGAAUCGGUUCCCGAUUUGGCGCCCAUGCUAUGGCACAGUUUCGGAACGACGGCGGCGCUUUUGCAGGAAAUUAUCAACAUCUAUCCGUCGAUAAAUCCGCCAACCCUGACGGCACACCAAUCGAACAGGGUCUGCAAUGCGCUGGCCUUGCUCCAAUGUGUGGCAUCGCAUCCGGAAACCCGUUCCGUAUUCCUGGCCGCCCACAUACCACUGUUCCUGUACCCGUUCCUGCAUACCACCUCGAAAACGCGCCCCUUCGAGUACCUCCGGUUGACAUCGCUCGGGGUUAUCGGAGCGCUGGUCAAAACGGACGAACAGGAAGUGAUCACCUUCCUGUUGACCACCGAAAUCAUCCCGCUGUGCUUGCGCAUCAUGGAAUCCGGAUCGGAGCUGAGCAAAACCGUGGCCACGUUCAUCUUGCAGAAGAUUUUGCUCGACGAUAGUGGCCUCUCCUACAUUUGCCACACCUACGAUCGAUUUUCUCAUGUUGCAAUCAUUUUGGGAAAAAUGGUUAUAUCACUAUCGAAAGAGCCAUCAGCGAGACUACUGAAGCACGUUGUGCGUUGCUAUUUGAGACUGUCCGAUAAUCCAAGGGCCCGCGAAGCCCUUCGCCAGUGCCUGCCGGAUCAGCUGCGGGAUGGAACGUUUGCCGCCUGCCUACAGGAGGACAAAUCCACCAAACCGUGGCUCUCGUUGCUGCUCAAGAAUUUGGAAACCGUCAACGUACCUGGCGCCGAUCCUCGGCAGGUUGGCAUCUCGCCACUGACCUCGUAAAUUGCUUGCUGUGAGCAAGCAAUGUAGGUAAAUGUGCGCCUUGCAAUCUUACGGGAUGUUUUUAGCUAGCAUGGUCUCGGUGAAUUGUUUUUUCCCUUUUUGUUGUAUGUUCUUUCUCCGCCUGGCGUUAGCGAGAGCAAUCGUGAACCUCCUGGAGUGAACAGCAAUUUGAAAAACAAAAUUAUACAUCGGAUUCCUAGAAACAGCAGAUAGUAUCCCUUUAGCGUUCUUAGGAAUCAGCAGACCAGGAGUAGCCUUGUUGCGGAACAUUGUGCGCAUACUAUUGUUUCUAUUUUGAUAAAUCCUUAUCGUAAAUGAAUGAACGAAUUUUCCUCCUAACGAGUUCGAAGAGCAACCAAUUAGUCUAAAGAACAGUUUUAGGUAAAAAUAAGACUCAGUCUUGUCUAGUUGAAAGAAGAAACACAAAACGAUUGAAAUAUUUUUUUGGAAAAGCUGAAACAUAUAGCGUAAGAAAUUCUAAUAAGAAAGCUUGCUGCACAAGCUACCUAUCGCCGGAAAUCCCAUUUUUAAGUUUUAGGAUCACUUCAAUAUGUAACAGCUAGGCUAUUUAACUUCGUAUCCCUACAUUAAUCGAUGAUAUAUUGUACGCAAUGAAUCCCAAACCUGUUCCAAGCGAAUACCGGACAGAACAAUAAACUUCCGAUUUGCACUGAGUUUAUUUUUUUUAUCUUGCGUGCAUUUUAUAUUUGAAUGCAACAUUCAAUGAUCAAAAAAAUAUAUUUAGCCCCAAUCGAUCGACAGUUUUCCUAAUCACCACUUAAAUUUGCUAGUUUUAUUUAUUUAACAACCCUAUAAGAACUAAUCAAGCUAAGAUCCUUAUUUCCAUUGUUGCACAUCAAUAAAGUUUAUGAGGAGUAGGAAUACCAGACCAACAAACACACAAACUCACUCGCCGUGUGCAUUUACGAGAGCAAUCGUUGUCGUUGUGUCGAAUAACCGUAUGAACUAAACAUGGAACUGUAAAUUUUAAACUCUAGUGCUCUAAGAACAGUGAUAUGUUUAACAAUAAAAACAAUGUUCGAAAUCAA